UGGUUUCUGUUCAAUGUCCAAAUCCCUUUCAUUUGAAAACUUUGCUCCUUCCUCCCCGCAGUUACAUGUGCCUUUGUUCCUCUCGCCAUAUCCCAAAACCUUUUUGUCCAUUCUCUUCACCUUUCCAACUCACACAUACAUAAACAACAACACAUUCUAUGUCUCAGUUCUCUCCCUUUUUGGGCUGUUUCAACCUUUGGAUCCUUCCCAUCUCACACUUUCCUCUGGUCUAAGCCACACUCCAAAAAAGUUGUCUUUUUUAUCAUCUUUCAGGCUCUAAGUAAUUAGUAGGGUUUUGGAGUAGUUAAUCAAUUGGAUAAUCUUCAUGGAUAAGGACAAAUCCCCUGGUCAUGGUGGAGGUUUUCCUCCUUCUGCUGGCCGUUUUUCGGGAUUCUCAGCCUCAGCAACCCCUUUUAAUGUGAAAUCAGAGUUACCAUCUUCAUCAGCAUUGCUUCCUCCUCUGCCAGUUCCGGCUGCAACCUCGGACUCUGCUAGUUUUAGUCAUGACAUUAGCAGAAUGCCUGAUAACCCUCCGAGAAAUCGAGGCCAUAGGCGUGCUCAUUCAGAGAUUCUCACUUUGCCGGAUGAUAUUAGCUUUGAAAAUGACCUUGGCAUAGUUGGAGGAGGUGCUGAUGGGCCCUCAUUCUCCGAUGACACUGAGGAAGACCUACUGUCCAUGUACCUUGAUAUGGAUAAAUUCAAUUUGCCGGCCGCUACAGGCGAGUUUGGAAUUGGGGAGACUUCAAUUGGUGGUGCAGCAACAGCAGCAGCAGUAGCAUUGAGUUCAGCAUUGGCAUCAGGAGCCGCUGCCGCCUCUUCAGAAGACAACACUGCUGUUGGGACUAAUGGAAGGCCUAGAGUGAGGCACCAGCAUAGCCAGUCCAUGGAUGGAUCCACAACCAUCAAACCUGAGAUUUUAGUCUCUGGCUUGGAAGAGGCCUCAGCAGUUGAUUCCAAGAAGGCUAUUUCGGCUGCCAAGCUUGCCGAGCUUGCCUUAAUUGAUCCAAAGCGUGCCAAGAGGAUAUGGGCCAAUAGACAGUCUGCUGCUAGGUCGAAAGAAAGGAAGAUGCGCUACAUCGCCGAGCUUGAAAAGAGGGUACAGACAUUGCAAACAGAAGCAACAUCCUUGUCUGCACAAUUAACUAUCUUGCAGAGGGAUACAGGUGGACUGAAUGCCGAAAACAAUGAGCUGAAAGUGCGGGUGCAAUCGAUGGAGCAACAAGUUCACUUGCAAGAUGCGCUUAACGAUGCAUUAAAAGAGGAAAUUCAGCAUUUGAGAGUCCUUACCGGACAAGCUUUGCCAAAUGGAGGAGCACCUAUGAACUUUGCUUCAUCAGUUGGAGGAGAACAACAAUUCCAAUCCAAAAAUCAGUCCAUGCACACCAUUUUAGCUGCCCAGCAGUUACAACAACUCCAAAUUCGCUCGCGGAAGCAACAGCAUCAACAGCAGCUAUUCCAGAACCAUCAACCUCAGCAUCUGCAGCAGUUUCAGCAGCCACAACCACCACAGCAACAACAGGAACAUUAGCAUAGAAUUUUAGGAACUGCACCACAAUUACCCUUUAGUUUGUGUUGAGUCUAGAGUUUAAUUUAGGACAUAGUCAUUCUAUUAUCCCUUAUUCAAGAACAGUAGAAAUGGUUCUAAUAGUUAGAGAUUAAGGAUCAGAUUUUAUAUCUUUGCCAUGCAAACUAGUCUUCUUGUACCUUUAGCUAUGGUAAUGGAUCAUGGAGGUAGAUUUUUUUUGUUA